AUGAUCUACCACUUGCAGCACGCGGACCAGUUGGAGAUUGUCCUUAAUGUAGCCGCUGCAGCUAAGAUUCCGGAUAUUUGCGAAAAGCAUGCCAGAUGCUAUUCAUGCGCGCAUGGGGUUGCCGCAGCAAUUUGCCAUGCGCAGAGCCGUAUUUUCGGUCGCCCAGUAGAGCAACAUGGCAAGCUUGCUAGCGAACUGAUUGAUCGGUGGGGCUGUGAAAGUGCAGAUGUCCGUGGCAUCCUGAACGAUGCUUGUGGCUCAAGGGGUCUGCAUUACGAGGAACUUGAUCUUGUUGAAACAGGCGACAUCGUUCCACGCAGGCAUGUACUUGCAAGCUUUGAGCUGGACGAAGCUUCCUGGCAGGUGUUGGAGGCUUGUUUACGAUACCCUGCAGAGGCUUCAACUGUUCCCUUGAGGGCCUGUGACAUCCAAAGUGACCGUACAGCAACGCAACAGCGAGCUGCUUUUUUCAUAUGUGGACAGGGCUACAGCAAUGGUUUCGACGUGGAGUUCUGGUUUGUCAUGGACCUGUUGGGCCGUAGGAUGAAGGUGGAAAAACACGCCUUGCAGCUUCGGUACUACGAUGUUUUCUUCUACAUCAGUGACCUGUCGGAAGCAGAAAUCUCUUUGUUCAACAGCGCAGCCCGCGUACUUGAUGUCGAGAUCAAGAGAGCUAGCACCUGGAUCAAGGGACUGGAACCCCUGGGUUGGACCGUUAACCGCAAAACUCUUCAAGUGGAGUGGACUGCAUCAUGGGGCCCCAUUGCGGACUACAAUAGCGCAGUGAGUCUUGAUCAGCAAGUUCACCCUGGCCACAUCAUCCAAUGUGUGAACGGGGCAGUGGGCCAACAUCACUUCUUCAGGGGCAAGGGCUAUGGCGGCGGCAUGGGAGAUCAGCUGUACUUCCAGGGACACGCCGCGCCCGGGGCGUACGCCCGGGCUUACCUUGAGGGCCGGUUGGACCUCGAGCAUGUCAUGCACUUCCGUCAGGAGGUUGGAGGGACAGGACUCUCCAGCUACCCUCAUCCCCGGCUCAUGCCGGAUUUUUGGGAGAACCCUACCGUCUCGAUGGGCCUGGGCCCCUUGCAGUCAGUCUGCCAGGCGCGGUACUUCCGCUAUCUCCACCUCAGGGGCUUGUGCGACACCUCGGCGAGCCGCGUCUGGUGUUUCAUCGGCGACGGCGAGAUGGAUGAGCCUGAGACGAUCUACGCCAUCGCGCGGGCUGGCUACGAGAGGCUCAACAACCUCGUGAUGAUCGUGAAUUGCAACUACCAGCGACUCGAUGGCCCUGUCCGCGGCAACUCCAAGGUCAUACAGGAGUUCGAGGGCAUCUUCCGAGGAGCCGGGUUUGACUGCAUCAAGCUGAUCUGGGGCGACGCCUGGAACGACCUGGUAGACAAUGAUCAUGACGGCAAGCUCAUUGAGGUCCUCGAGCGGACGCCCGACGGUGACUGCCAGCGCUAUGCUGCGAAGCAGGACGGAGGCCUUAUCCGCCGGGAGAUCUUCGAGGCCAAUGGGCUAGCAGACCGCGUGGCCCACAUGUCGGAUGAUGAGCUCCUGUCGGCGUUCAUGCUCCCGGGCGGCCACGACCACAAGAAGAUUUACUCGGCCAUGCUGCAGGCUGAGAAGAAUGCAGAGACUGGGGGCCGGCCCACCGUGAUCCUUGCCAAGACGCUGAAAGGCUUCAGUUUGGCGACCUUCCAGGGGCGCAACACGGUCCACCAACAGAAGAGUCUGAAGGUGGAGGAGAUGAUGAGCUUCCGAGAUGUCUUAGAGAUCCCUCUGACGGACGAGCAGAUCAAGAACCCAGAGGGUGGCGAAUUCUUCCGAAAACCGGCAUCGGACUCGCCGGAGUUGCGGUAUGUCAUGGAGAAGAGGGAGAAGUUGGGCGGCUGCCUUCCGAUGCGAACACCUGCCAAGGUGAGUGGCCUCAUUGACUUGCCUCCGGCGGAUCUUUUCACGAU